AUGGCUACCGUAGAGGAGAAACCGCUGAUGGUCGUCGGUGUGGACGAAAGCGAGCAGAGCACCUACGCUUUGGAGUGGACGCUCGAUCGCUUCUUCGCUCCCUACGCUCCCAAUUUUCCGUUCAAGCUCUUGAUCAUCCACGCCAAACCUAACGCCGUCUCCGCCGUUGGUUUCGCUGGUCCCGGAAUUGUGGAGGUUGUGCCUCAUGUUGAUGCAGAUUUGAAGCAUACCGCUGCUAAGGUUGUCGAAAAGGCCAAAGGAAUCUGUGAGAGCAAAUCGGUUCAUGACGCGACGAUGGAAGUUUUCGAAGGCGAUGCAAGGAAUAUCCUGUGCGAGGUUGUGGAUAAACACCAUGCUUCUCUUCUUGUUGUGGGAAGCCAUGGUCAUGGAGCAAUCAAGAGGGCGGUUAUCGGGAGCGUGAGCGACUACUGUGCCCAUCAUGCGCAUUGCUCGGUGAUGAUCGUCAAGAAGCCUAAGAUCAAGCUCUGA